AACCGCAACUAUGAGUCGGAUGAAGGAGGCGGAGGGCAGCAGCGCCCACCGGGAGGAGGCGGAGUCGGGGUCCGGCCCCCCGCCUCCGCAUCCGCCGAUCGCGCCGGCGGACGAGGCGGCGGUGGAGGAGCUGGUCUCCGCCAUGAACCGUCGGAGGCUUUACCGGGACGUGACGCUGGCCCUCCGCUCCGGCCUCCGCGACGCCAUGGCCGACUUCUCCUUCCUCCGGACCAGAGGCCUUCGGAACCUCCUCAAGUUCUUCAGAUCCAUCGCCGGCUCCGACGAGUCCAUCCGCCUUUUCCGUCACUCGCAAACCAUUCCCGAACUCCGAGUGGUUCCUGUUCUCUUUCAGAAUUCGUUGCAGCAAUCAAAGGACAACCCUGUUGUGAGUUUGAGUCAUAUAUUUGGAGUGGAACCUAUGAAGAUAGUUAGUCCUGCAACAGAUUCUGAAGUUGCUAUUGCUCUUAGAGUUUUGGAAGGAUGCUGUUUGCUUCAUAGUGGCAGUGCAGCUUUAGCUCACAAGCAUAAGGCAAUCGAGGUGUUAACUAACAUACUAUCUACUCGAGGAACCACUGAGCAAGGUGCAUGCUUGGAUGCUUUAAUAUCAUUAGUGUUGGAUUCUUCAUCCAAUCAGAUGGAUUUUCGGGAAUGUCAUGCAAUUGAGAACGUCACAGAUCUUAUUAAGGACGAGCAAGCAGAUGAAAACAUAAGGUUGAAAUGUGGGGAGUUUCUGCUGCUACUAGUUGGGUAUGUCAACCAGACCGAGAACUCUCCCUUGGCAAACAUACCCGAUGAAAUGCGACGAAGCUUAGGAGAGAAGUGUGCAUCUCUGAUUUGGGCAGCAAGCCAGUUCGGAUCAACUCUGGAUCCAGAGCAGAGACAAACUGCUCUACAAAUCCAAGCUCGAAGGGUUGUGGAGUCCUUAGAGCUAUAACAGUCGAAGGUGUCAGAGGUGAUAUGUUCAUCUUCUCACACUCGAACCUACUAAAUCAUUACUUCAAGAAACAAAUCUCCAAGAAGUUUCAAUUAUGCCUUUUCUGUAACUUCUUGGUAAUCCAUAUUUGUGUUGUCUGGUACCAUUCCAUGCACUGUGUGCAGCUUAAUACUAUGGUUGCAAGCAAUUGUACCAUUCCAGAGUUACGUAUAAAAUUUCAAUCAAUUUGGUAGCUUGUAUUUA